CAAAAAUAAAAUGAAAAAACGAAAAACGAAAAACGAAAACGAGAAUUCUAUUUCCAUUUUCACCAAUCUUCCUCCUUUUUCUCCCUCCAUUCCUGAGAAUUCGGAAACCUUGAAACCCUCAUCAAUGGUGGUCAUCAUCCAUCCCAACACCUGCUACCGUGGCUGCUGCACAAGUGAUGCCAUUCCCCUCCAACUCCCCUCCUCCUCCUACUCCCUCCUUUCCCCCAUCGCCAAGGGCUCAGAGAGCACCGUUUUCGAGGCCACGCUCGAUGGCCGCCGCGUCGCCGCCAAGAAGCCCGUUCUCUCCACGUCCGACGAUCUCGACAAGUUCCACCGGGAACUCCAGUUGUUGUGCUCUCUGGAUCAUCGGGGAUUGGCCCGGCUGGUGGCGGCGCAUGCCAGGCCGCCCAAUUACUUGUUCUUCUUCGAGUUCUAUGAAUCGCGGAAUCUUUCGGAGAAGUUGCAUUUGGAGGAAUGGACGCCCUCCAUUCAGCAAUCGCUUGUUAUUAGUUUAGAACUGGCAAAUGCUCUGAAGUACCUGCACAAACUUGGGAUUGUGCACAGGGAUGUAAAACCUGCAAAUAUCCUUCUUGACAGAAACCUUCAUCCACACUUGGCAGAUUUUGGAUUAUCUAUGUACAAGAAGGAUCUCAAACACAUUUCAGUUGAGAAUUGGAAGUCGGCUGGCAAGCCUACGGGUGGUUUUCAUAAAAAGAACAUGGUUGGGACAUUAAUCUAUAUGGCACCAGAAAUAUUGAGAAAGGAUAUACACACAGAAAAAUCAGAUGUAUACAGUUUUGCAAUAUCAAUCAAUGAGCUUCUUACUGGUGUUGUUCCUUAUACAGAUUUGCGUGCGGAAGCUCAGGCGCACACUGUACUUGAAAUGAGCUAUACUGAGCAACAGCUCACUGCAGCAAUAACAUCUCAAGGAUUGCGGCCUGUUUUGGUUCAACCUGAGGCAGGUGUACCGCCAUCUUUAGUAUCACUUGUACAAAAGUGCUGGGCUCCAAACCCUUCAGAAAGACCAUCUUUUGAUACAAUAGUUGAGGAGCUUGAAACAAUUAUGAAGGAUGUGGUGAAAACUGAAAACAUGGAAACUUAUGAUGCUCUCCCAUCAUUUAACUCCCUGGAUCAUUAUCAAAACGGCAUCAAGGAUAUCCCGCGUUUUGAAGAAAACUUGAAUUGGAUGUCUCAAGGGGAACAACUAGCCAAAAAUAUAUCCAAUAUAGAAAAUUCCAAUUUGAGACUAUGGUCUACUUCUCAAUGUGAACCCCUGCAUUACCAGCCCACGUUAUCUUGCGGCUCAUUCGCAACUUGUGGAAGAAGGGAGACGAUGGAAGAUACACAUUUUUUACUUCCUCAAAUGUGCAAUGAGAAGGAUGUUCAUGCAUUUGGGAUUUUUGAUGGUCAUCGAGGUGCAGCGGCUGCUGAGUUUUCUGCUCAUGCACUACCUGGUUUCUUACAGGAUUUAGGUUACACAAGCAGUCCAUCUGAAGCACUUACUGAAGCAUUUAUAAGGACGGACAUUGCAUUCAGAAAUGAAUUAGUGCUACACUCUAAUUCCAAAAGGAUUCUUCACAAGGACUGGCAUCCAGGUUGCACUGCAGUUGCAACACUAGUGCUAAGGGACAAGCUUUAUGUUGCAAAUGCCGGCGAUUGUCGAACAAUUCUAUGCCGUUCUGGUCACCCAGUUCCCCUGAGCAAGGACCAUGUUGCAAGCUGCCCUGAUGAGCGAGCUCGUGUUAUCAAACAAGGCAUGGAUGUGAGAUGGCAAAUGGAUACAUGGAGGGUUGGUCAGGCUGCUCUGCAGGUAACACGAUCAAUUGGUGAUGAUGAUCUGAAGCCUGCAGUAACAGCAGAACCUGAGAUAACUGAAACUUCAUUAUCACCAGAUGAUGAAUUCCUUGUAAUGGCUAGUGAUGGUCUAUGGGAUGUUCUUAGCAAUGAGAAUGUUAUAUCAAUCAUCAAAGACACUGUUAAAGAACCAGGAAUGUGUUCCAAGAGACUGGCUACUGAAGCUGCUGAACGUGGCAGUAAAGAUAAUAUCACUGUUAUUGUUGUUUUCCUCCGUCCUGUUUCUACUGCUGAGAGGAUUUACUGAUUCAGGUAUCAUUCAAUCACAAACUACUGUCAUUACUUCUAUUCCCAAUUAUUUCGAAUUCUUGAUAAUAAUGAUUGGUUCUAUUUAAAAAGGUUUUAUAUUUCUGCA